GCGCUCGACGAGAAUGAAGACGCGGAUAGGAGCGCGACGCGGGUGUAACGUACGUAAUACUAGCCGCUUGGCAACAGAUCAAGCUGGCGUAUGUACGCGUUGCGCGCUCGCUCGCAGAUGCUCGGACUUCCGUCCUCUCUUAUUUUUCUUAGUCAUUUUAUCAUUUUUUCCUUCGACCGGUAAUUGAGGUCGUACACUGGCCGAACAUCCGUCGAGCACAUGCGGUAUACGUGCGUAUACUAUAUCUCCAUCUUUUCUUUUUGUCUUUUUUUGUUUUUUUAAUCCACACGUACGUAACUUUAAAUCACUGCUCGGAGAAGCGCAAACAGGUGAAUGCAGCCUCGACAUGGUCUGGUGAAGUAUUCUUGCAAAGCUGUAUGUUCGUUGAUUUUGCAGCAAAUUAUUAUUAUUUUUAAUUUCGCGCCGCAUGCUAGAGUCAGUACGUCAGUGUGGCGUCACAAAUUUCAAAGCAUUUCCUUAUUUUUUUUUGUAGCUGGGCCGAAUUGUGUCUCAAUAAAGGUUCUUGAUACCAUACUUGUUAAGUUCAGCCUUUGGCUCUUUUGCAAUACAAUGCAGUCCAACUUUUGCUAUAAUAAAUUAACUAAGCCCAAGCAGGCGCCAUCAAAAUCCAUGACGUCACGGCUAGCUGGUAUAUGUGCAACAAAUGUAAAACCUUUUUUUUAUUUAUUUUUUUAUUGUUUCCUGACUAAAUUCCCUUCAUGGCUAGAGUACAUGUUUUUGUGUUGCAGUCAGGUUGCUGUGGGGUAAGUUAAUUCAUAGCCUCCUAUGAGGCUAUAAGGUUAAUUACAAAUACAUCUCUCAUAGUUUUCUUUUCUUUAGUGUCCCAACGUCUUGGUACAAUUUUGCUUCAGGGUCAAGAACUUUUGUUUGUACAAAAACGUUAGUUAGUAUACUGCUGCCUCGACAUUGACCUCCCUGAAGAAACCGACUUCCCACAAUAACGAAACCGAAACACCAUUUAGUGAUUGCUUGCGCCACUGCACGGCCAAUUUAACGAUACAAACAUGGCGCGCUCCGUGAGCUGUUGCAGGUUGUUUUCUUGAAUGCAGAUCUAUAUUAUAUUAAUGUCGUUUAUUCUAUGUUAACACAUUUUCACACUGUCGUGUAGACAUCGAAAAAUUGUGGGAAUUACGCAAGUCUCACACACUUAUGCUUUCAGCUGUAUGCGUUGUGCCAGGAUUUUUCUGUGUGAGCUCCCGACACUCGCUGUCACAUCUUGAAGAAUAGCUCCGUCCGAUAUGUCUUUCUCAUUCAAAUUUGAUAUACCGGAUGCUGAAGAUGCGAUCCUUAACCAAGGCGAGCAUGUCGAUUCAGAGUGCAAACACUUGACCAAACCUGUUGCACCUUACGAGGAAGUCGUGCCGAGGCAGGAGCAUGAAAACCGGCACGAAAGUCUGGAAAGAAGCGUGCUAGACCUGACAUCUCUCAAAGUAAUGUUUCUAAUUGGCGGCCAAAUGGAAAGCCUUCUCAGGGGUGAUGUUCUUGAGGCGACUGAAGGAAAUCUGGACAUAGUUCCCAGUGUUUAUGAAGGUGGUAUGAAGGUUUGGGAGUGCUCCAUUGAUUUGGCGGAGUAUAUUGAAAGCCAGCUGAGCAUUGAUGACGAAACCAAAGUACUUGAGCUUGGAUGCGGUGCUGGCCUUCCAGGUCUCGUGGCCUGCCUCAAAGGCGCAUCUGUGGAUUUCCAAGACUAUAACAAGCAGGUGCUGGAGCUUAUCACCAUACCCAAUGCCUUUGCUAAUAUUGGUGCGCGGGUGAAGGAAAGGUGCCAUUUUUUUGCAGGCGAUUGGAGUGCAUUGGCGGACAACAUCCUGCCUGCCCAGUAUGAUGUCAUCCUGACAAGUGAAACAAUUUACAACACUACCAGUUACCAGUCCUUGAUCGCAGUUCUGAAGAAGGCAAUCAAACACUCUGGCAUUGUGCUUGUUGCUGCCAAAACUUGCUACUUUGGAGUUGGAGGUGGCACAAGGUUAUUUGAAGAUGCUUUGGCCAUAGAUGGAUUUUUCACAUCUCGUGUUGUUUUCAUCAUGGACUCUGGUGUACAACGAGAAAUACUGGAAUUGCGUGCCUUGUCUCCACCCUGACAUUACCUACAGGUAUGCAAUAAACACUUUUGUACAGAG